GAGAAUAAGCACGAGAGAAACCGGACAAUUUAGUGGACUGACGACGACACAGCGAGUGGCUUGAAUUGUGUGGACGGCAAUUCGUCUCCCCGGUACAGCUGCGUUUACAGAACAAGGAAAGCGAGUAGCAUUGUGAGGAGGCGAUCGCACGCGCGACUCGCGAGUGUGGCGGCCGGCUGGCUGGCACGUUCUCGUCGUCGUCGUCGUUGUCAUCGUCAUCGUAUCAUACUCGCACAGUCCGUCGUCCGUUGUCGUCCAGUCAGUUGUCUCGUUACACGUCUAUUUGAGCAAGGACGCAGCGGACCUGAGUGGACCACGCGACCGAGCGGAACGGGCGAGAGCGGACCCAACGAGCGGAGCGACUCGGCCACAGCUACGAGCCCAUCACGAUGAGUUUUCUAUUUGGGAGUAGGUCUUCCAAGACUUUUAAACCAAAGAAAAACAUCCCGGAGGGUACUCAUCAAUAUGAUCUAAUGAAACAUGCCGCUGCUACAUUAGGCUCCGGUAAUCUACGAUUGGCAGUAAUGCUUCCUGAAGGAGAGGAUUUGAACGAAUGGGUCGCUGUUAAUAGUAAGUUGAACAUUAUAUCUUUAUAUCAAUCAGAUCUAAACAUCUGUCUUUUUCUUUUAGCUGUUGAUUUUUUCAAUCAAAUCAACAUGUUAUACGGGACUAUCACAGAAUUCUGUACAGAGGAGAGUUGUCCCAUCAUGUCGGCCGGACCAAAGUAUGAAUAUCACUGGGCCGAUGGUCACACGGUGAAAAAACCUAUCAAAUGCUCAGCACCCAAAUACAUAGAUUACUUAAUGACCUGGGUGCAGGAUCAAUUGGACGACGAGACUCUAUUUCCAUCCAAAAUCGGAGUUCCUUUCCCCAAGAAUUUCUUAUCUAUUGCAAAAACUAUUCUGAAGCGGUUAUUUAGAGUAUAUGCUCACAUCUAUCAUCAGCAUUUUAGUGAAGUUGUACAGCUCGGUGAAGAGGCGCAUUUAAAUACGUCGUUCAAACAUUUCAUAUUUUUUGUUCAGGAAUUUAAUUUGAUCGAGAGAAGAGAAUUGGCACCUUUGCAAGAGCUAAUAGAGAAACUGACAGCGAAAGACGCACGAUGAGUCCGUCUAUUGUCUACGAGCCACUCGUCCUCUCGAAACUUUUCCAAAGAAUCUCUCAACCAUGCUAUCUUCGCUAACCCGCACAUAUAAUUACAUUAUUUAAACUGAUCUAUUAAUCGCUAACUCCACGAUCUGCCUCUGUUUCAAAGAAUUGGCGGCAAAAAUUGUCGCCGCUUCAGAAACAAGCGAUUGACGCAAGAAAAUACCUAUAGUGUUCGCUGUGAAACUUCAUUCUUCUCUGACGGCGCAUAGAUAUAUUCUGUAUACUCACUAUGUGCACACAUAUAAAAAGAGAGAGAAAAAAAUUUAUCGAGUGGAUAAAGAUAACAAGACGGAAGUUAUGAGACGGCGCGUUCGACUUUGUGACUGUUUUCUCCAAACGUUCUUCAAGCACGUUUCAAUCGUAAUUUAUUAAUUGCACUGCUGAUACACAAAGGAGAGAUAAGUACGAAGUGCAUAUUUCGAGGAAAAAAUGAAUUUGAAAAUUCUAGGUACACGCGUCUCUGUUUCACA